AUACUUAAUUGAAUUCAUGGACUAAUAACUACAACAGAUUUAUACAAAAGUACAUCAUGUCAGACUCCUUGCAAAGGACAAAAUGGUGAUGAAGGUGAUAGACAUAUGGGAUCCAGAAGAGCGGAGAGUGCAUACUGACAUGGUAAACAGGAACGCAAUAUCAUCAACGCUGCAUCUAUCAAACGAGAUGAGAACGCAGGGGUGUGGAGGAUCUUGCGUCAAAAUGAGAUGGUCUUCACGAUCACGGGCACCAUAUUCACGAUGGAUAUACCACCUACCCAAAAACAGUUUGAACAAAGAGGAAGGAAACCUAUUGCAGCCAACAUCGACCCAGCGGGUGUACUCGCCAAGAAAGGCAGCGGAAGUCGAUCCACACCGAAGAAAACAUUGUGUGCUACUUCAGAGGAGGGAGGGAAGAAAAGGUCAGCACCACAGAGCAAUUGAGAAUGUUAAAUCGACGACACCUUUGCAUUACAGAUACAUGACGGUAAAGCCACAGACAUUCCAGGUAGGCGAUGUCGUCGAAGCCCGGUGCUCGAUGGUAUUCAUGAGGAGUAACGAGGCAGGGCGAGGAUGAAGACGAUUCUGAGGGCAUUGGCCCUAGUGAAUGAUCAGACUUAUCCACAGAAAGCCAAUUCGGACAGGAGAAAUG